CGUCGGUUCUCUCAGUUUCCGAUCAUCCAACCAGGCUCGUCGGUUCUCUCAGUUUCCGAUCAUCCAACCAGGCUCGUCGGUUCUCUCAGUUUCCGAUCAUCCAACCAGGCUCGUCGGUUCUCUCAGUUUCCGAUCAUCCAACCAGGCUCGUCGGUUCUCUCAGUUUCCGAUCAUCCAACCAGGCUCGUCGGUUCUCUCAGUUUCCGAUCAUCCAACCAGGCUCGUCGGUUCUCUCAGUUUCCGAUCAUCCAACCAGGCUCGUCGGUUCUCUCAGUUUCCGAUCAUCCAACCAGGCUCGUCGGUUCUCUCAGUUUCCGAUCAUCCAACCAGGCUCGUCGGUUCUCUCAGUUUCCGAUCAUCCAACCAGGCUCGUCGGUUCUCUCAGUUUCCGAUCAUCCAACCAGGCUCGUCGGUUCUCUCAGUUUCCGAUCAUCCAACCAGGCUCGUCGGUUCUCUCAGUUUCCGAUCAUCCAACCAGGCUCGUCGGUUCUCCAUUUUGCUUGGAGAGCUUAAUCGAAGUGAAAGCGGGGAUACAAUUUCCAGUGAUGUCGGAGAAAGGAGAAAAGGGUUAUCCACUGCCAAAAAAACCUGGAAAGUCUUCGCUCAAAUCCUCCUCUUUCAAGGAUGCUUCUCUAAAAGGAAAGGAUGAUAGUCUGUUAAAGCCAAAGAAGGGAAGGAAAGUCCAGUUCGAUGCUCAAGGAUCAGUUGAUGCGCAGAUUAAUUUUUCAAUGAAAUACAGUGGCAAAAAUGGUGACUUGGGUAAAGGAGGAAAAGGCGGAAGUGGUGCGAAGGAACCCCAGCCACUAGAAUUGAAGAUUGAGCAAGAACUUCCCAAGAAUGUUAAAUGCCAAUGCCUUAUGGACUGUGAGGCUGCACAAAUUUUACAGGGAAUCCAAGAUCAGAUGGUUCUUCUAUCGGCAGAUCCAACCAUAAAAAUCCCAACAUCAUUUGAUAGGGGGUUGCAGUAUGCCAAAAGAGCCAACCACUACGUAAAUACCGAGUCAGUUAGACCAGUUCUCGAAACCCUCAAGAAAUAUGGCGUAAUGGACAGUGAGAUGUGUGUGCUUGCUAAUGUCUGCCCAGACACUACUGAUGAAGUUUUUUCUCUUCUUCCAUCCUUGAAGAGCAAAAGAAGCAAGCUGAGUGAAGCUCUCAACAGUGUCUUGAGCGAGCUAGCCAAGGUAAAAUCAUCCUGAAGUCAUAUAAGAUCGAUUACUUGUCCGGUUGACUUCUCCCCUUCGGGGAGGCAAGCAUUAGCCCAUUGGAAUAUUUUGUUCUUAAAGAUCUGUAUUUGCCGUAGUGUAGAAAUGUGGGUUACUUUGCUAUGAAUGCCUCUCUCAUCUGAAUCAACUCUGAUGGACUGAAAAUCAAACUAGAAAACCUCUAUUAGUUUGAAUGUAAAGUGGGGAUGUUAAGGGAGUAAUUUCUACCGGAUGCUACUCAUGUUGGGCUG